AGUUAUGUGAUUCAAGCAAUUGGUGAAUUGGUAAGAUGGCGGCUGCGGCGGUAGAGUUUCAGAGAGCACAGUCGCUGCUCAGUACGGAUCGGAAUGCGUCCAUUGACAUUUUACACGCUAUCGUCAAACGGGACGUCCAAGACGAUGACGAAGAGGCCGUGCGUGUCAAAGAACAGAGCAUCUUGGAGCUGGGCAGACUGCUGGCCAAGACCGGGCAGGCUGCUGAAUUAGGAGGUCUGCUGAAGUACGUACGACCAUUCCUGAACUCCAUCAGCAAAGCAAAGGCAGCACGGUUGGUGCGCUCCCUGCUUGAUCUGUUCUUAGAUAUGGAGGCAGCUACUGGUCAAGAGGUGGAAUUAUGUUUGGAGUGCAUUGAUUGGGCCAAAUCAGAGAAGAGGACAUUUCUACGACAAGCCCUGGAGGCCCGUCUGGUUUCCCUUUAUUUUGACACCAAACGUUAUCAAGAGGCACUGCAGCUUGGCUCUCAGCUCCUGCAAGAGCUGAAGAAGAUGGAUGACAAAGCUCUGCUGGUGGAGCUGCAGCUUUUGGAGAGCAAGACGUACCAUGCACUGAGCAAUCUGCCCAAGGCCAGAGCAGCUCUCACCUCUGCCAGGACCACAGCAAAUGCCAUCUACUGCCCCCCAAAGCUGCAGGCUGCUCUAGACAUGCAGUCAGGCAUUAUUCACGCUGCUGAGGAGAAGGACUGGAAGACAGCGUAUUCAUACUUCUAUGAGGCCUUUGAAGGCUAUGAUUCUAUUGACAAUCCCCGUGCCAUUACUGCACUCAAGGACAUGCUACUCUGCAAGAUUAUGCUUAACUUGCCAGAAGAUGUGCAGGCCCUGAUCAGUGGGAAACUUGCCCUCCGAUAUGCUGGCAGACAGACGGAUGCACUUAAAUGUGUGGCCCAAGCCAGCAAGAACAGGUCACUUGCAGACUUUGAAAAGGCUUUAACAGAAUACAAAGCUGAGCUACGGGAUGACCCCAUCAUCAGCACCCACCUGACCAAACUCUACGACAAUCUGCUGGAGCAAAACCUCAUCAGGGUCAUUGAGCCCUUUUCCAGAGUGCAGAUGGAACACAUUUCUGAGAUAAUAAAACUCUCUAAGGGAGAUGUUGAGAGGAAGCUGUCACAGAUGAUUUUAGACCAGAAAUUCCAUGGGAUUCUUGACCAAGGGGAAGGUGUCCUGAUUGUAUUUGACGAGCCUCCAGUAGACAAAACAUACGAAGCCGCUCUUGAAACAAUUCAGAACAUGAGCAAAGUAGUGGACUCGCUCUACAACAAAGCCAAGAAAUUGACAUAGGUUGAGCACGGGACCCUGCAGCUGAGAGCAUGGCCAGUGUAGGGGACACUGGGAAGGGGAGGGUGAUGUGAUACCAAUAUCAAGUCAAAAGAAAGGUCUAACACCCAAAAACUGACUGGGUCUGCUGUUCUUUUUGGCUUUCACUUGGACAAUUUUUACCACCUUCCUCAGUGGACAAACUACUAUUUCAAUUACUAUGGGAUCCCAGUUUUUUUUGUUGGUAAUGCAUUUGUUUGUAUCUUGGCUUUGCCUAUUGGGCCAUCAGGGAAUCUUCCAAAAAAAUAAAAACACACCUGCAUUAUAACUCUAUUUGAAAUGUAUAUACAUGGAUCUCUUGUAGAGCAAAGCUGAUUUGAGAAUGAUCCAGUUCCCUUGCCAAUCCAGGGGCCAUUGUGUUGAGCUGUCGACAAGAUUCCCUGACAUGUCGAUCAAACGGUUUAAGCCCCAACCCCACUCCCCUAAGGAAGCCCCGGUCUAAUUCCAAGCAACCCCCUUUGUGCAGACAGCAUACUUGGACUUUUUCGGGUGAAAGAAAUCCGAUAAAAUGCUGUAAUCAUGAUUGGGUUAUGAGCUGUUCUCAUUCCCUGGCCUUUGCAUUCCUACCCUUCCUUUUCCCUCUUUGUACAUAAUGUUGCCAAGCGCCUCUGUCUGGCCUGUCAUGCUGUUGCCCUUUUUAUAACGCUAAAAAACAUAAUAAAGUCACCAAGAGGACAUAAUGCUUAUGUGCUUCUGUAUACAUUUUUUGCAUUCAGAGAACACUUGAUUAUCAUGCUUUUGUGAUGGUU